AGCCGUACAAGAAGUUUCAAUAAGAUCUUAUGUUGAAAGUGCAGGAUGUUCUAGAAGGACUUUUGCACUCCCUUUGGCCUUUAAAAUUCCGUUUUUGUUUCUAAAAACUAAUGCGAAACGGCUUUUCCAAAGCACUGGCUGCAGCAUCUGGACAAUGUUAACGCUUGAGAUUCUGGCCCCUCGCAUCUACAUACUUGCCGCUUGCAGCAUUGACUGGAGUGCAUUUUGAGUCUUCCAUCUCGCAAUCUUUAUUCAUGAGAAAGGAGCUCGCGGUUUGUCUUUGCUAAGUCUACAGUCUCGCCCUGAGCAUUCACGCGAUUAUAGGGCCUUAUAGAAUAUUAGCAUCAUAAAAUGCCUAUAAACCCGAACCCGGAUCAUCUACUCAGAGCUAAGCGAAUUUACAAGAAUAGGUGUAUGUAUGAUAAUACAUUUAAUAUUAACCCUAGUGGAAUGGAACUAUAAGGUUGGAAUAGUAGAUGUUUUUCUAAUCAAGUAUUCAUCUUCAAGGAGGAGUAAAGUUACAAUUUAUCAUAGUGCUAACACUCUAUAGCUAGGCCUUAUAAAUCGUAUGCACAAAACAUCCAUUCCUCUGUAGAACUCUGUAAUAAGCGAAAAUGAGUAAAAUCCUGUUGACCGCCUGCCGCCCAUCAUCGGCAGAAUUUCACCAUUUUUGUUCUCAAUAAUAAUUUAUUUCAUAUUUCAACAGGAACAACUUAUGCGAUCGAUUUCUACCUCUGUCAAUUGCUUCAGAAGAACUUGCAUUAUACCGCAGAUUGUUAGCAAUCGGCAAACAAUUUCAAUUUAUAGAUUCUUUUCGGCCUCCGCCAUGGAUGCUAGUCUUCCUGACAUAACGGUCGCGCCCGCUGCCGAUCAACAUAUUCUCCACGAUGGAAAAGAAUACACUACAGUCAAGGAAGGCCUCGCACAUAUCCUGAUACCCGCAGAGGGAUCGAAAGUGCCACAGACGACUCCUAAAGGUCAAAACCAGGUACAAUCUGUCUUUUACAACCCAAUUCAACAAUUCAAUCGAGAUUUGAGUGUUCUGGCGAUCAAGGCAUACGGAGAAAGCAUAUUGGAAAAGAAGAGGAAGAUAAUCGAACGAGAUAGACAAAAGAAUGCUGCCAAGAAGGAAAAAAAGAGGGCUGCUGAAGAAGAAAAUGAUGGGCCCAGGAAGGCUGGCAAACUUGAUAGUGCAGGAGAAGCUGUAGAGCUGCCAUUAGCCGUCGCAAAACCAGAAAAUACCAUUGACGACAAGGAGAUAGAGAGCAAAGAAGGAGAGACAAUAAGUCAGAAUGGAGGAACGAAUAUAAGAGUCUCAAUGGCCGAUGGAGAACCGAAUAAUCGUGUAACAACGGAAAAGGAUGAAGUACCAGAAAACAAAAACGAACAAGAACCCACAAAACCUGCCAAUCCAAUCAAUCCCAGAUUCAAAAUCCUCGAUGCAUUAUCUGCCACUGGACUCAGGGCACUUCGAUAUGCUCAAGAAAUUCCCUUUGCAACAUCAAUUACCGCGAACGACCUUUUGCCCGCAGCUACCAAAACAAUUGAACUCAAUGUGAAGCAUAAUAAACUAGAAAACAAAAUUAAUGCUGUCACUGGAAAUGCAUUGACACAUAUGUACAGUCUUAUAGGUGAUGAUAGCAAAGAUGGGAGUGGCAGCAAAAAAUAUGAUGUUAUUGAUCUGGAUCCUUAUGGCACAGCAGCUCCAUUUUUGGAUGCGGCAGUACAAGCCGUCAGAGACGAUGGGGGACUUUUGUGUGUUACUUGUACUGAUGCUGGUGUAUGGGCUUCCAAUGGAUAUCCCGAAAAGGCAUACUCGCUUUACGGAGGAGUGACUGUCAAAGGUCAGCACAGUCAUGAAGGUGGUUUGAGACUUAUUUUGCAUUCAAUCGCUACAUCCGCCGCUCGAUACGGCCUGGCAAUGGAGCCACUUCUUUCUCUCUCGAUUGAUUUCUACGCACGAGUAUUUGUUAGAAUAUACAGAUCUCCCUCAGAUGUCAAAUUUUUAGCAGGCAAAACCAUGAUGGUUUAUAAUUGUGACACUGGUUGUGGAGCAUGGACAACUCAAAUGGUCGGGAAGAACAAGCUCGUGCCCAACAAAAAUGGUAUUGGCCAUUUCUGGAAACAUGUCUACUCCAUGGGACCAUCUGCGGGUGAGAACUGCUCCCAUUGCGGUAUGAGAACUCACCUCGCUGGACCUAUGUACGGUGGUCCGCUCCACCAACCUGAGUUUGUUCAGAGAAUACUCAAUGACCUUCCCAACGUAUCCAAGGAUACAUACCAUACAACGGCUAGGAUCGAAGGAAUGCUCACAUUGGCCCUUGAAGAGAACUUGCCUCCCACAGAGGACCUUCCAGACUCCCCGACUGACUCAUCAAAGACUGGCAAGAAUGAUCCCGCAGCCCUUGACCAUUAUCCGUUCUUUUUCAUACCAUCAAUGCUCGCCAAAGUAAUUCAUUGCGUCACUCCUCACGAAAAUGCACUUCGAGGAGCUUUACGCCACCUCGGCUAUAGAGUUACUAGAAGCCACACAAAGGGUGGUAGUAUCAAAACUGAUGCUCCUUGGGAUGUUAUCUGGGAGAUUAUGAGAGAAUGGGCGCGACAAAAAUGUCCACCAAAGGAGGGUGCUAUUAAGAAGAAUACAGCCGGGUGGUACAUUAUAGGCUUAGACAAAACGGACACUUCUACACAGCAGUCAAAUAUCAAGGAUGCGCCUAGUGAAGUCGAAGCCGAAGAGAAAGACACAUCGCCCGCCGCCAAAAAGAAGCUCGAGAUAGUAUUUGACGAAAGGCUGGGAAUGGAAAAAGAUACAAAAAAGAUAGUAAGAUACCAAGUUAAUCCUCGAGAGAAUUGGGGUCCAAUGAAUCGGGCAAGUGGCCAUGCAUAGGUUCUAUUAUGCUUUAAUAUACCCCAUCAUACGAAUUUAAAUCAUCUUGUAUGUCAUCGCC